AAAGUAAUUGUGCUCUCAAAUGUCCAAAAAAAGUUGAAGUUCGUAUCUAAUUUUCAAUCUUAAGCUUAAGUCUAAGUUUUUUGAUGGAAGAUACAAAAAAUGUGGAUUAGAUAGUUUUCUAGAAAAUAUUUCAUCGAAAUCUAUAUUCGUCGUAUUGGUAACAUUGAUGAGUCGGUUGGAGAUUCGAUUUCUAGCGGGUCAUUAGGUCAGAUCAUGAUAACCAGUUACCAGGUCAUUGUCAACAACAAUUAGAGUUCUGUGUUAACUUUUUAAUCGGACAUUUAGGUCACAUUCACUCGUACUUAAUAACUGUUUUAUAAAGUGAAUUACAAUGAUCAAAAUCGUGUCUAUUCUACACAUUUUCGUUCUAAUUUCACUCACAAUCGAAAAUGGAAGAGGAUUUACGAACGUUUAUCCCAAAUUGAAGAGUUAUCCCAUUCGAGAUGGCGAUGAUACUGGAAAGCCUCUGUUCUUAACACCGUUAAUCGACAGCAAUCAAAUAGAUGAGGCUCGUAACAAAGCCAUUGUACAGCAUAAAGAAAUGGGCGAAGUUAACAGUUAUGCCGGUUACUUGACUGUCAAUAAAGAAUAUAAUUCAAACAUGUUCUUUUGGUUCUUCCCGGCUGUGCAUAACCCUAAAACUGCACCUAUAGUAUUGUGGUUACAAGGUGGGCCUGGGGCUACGUCUAUGUUUGGUUUAUUCAUGGAGAAUGGUCCAUUUAUCGUAACUGCAAACAAAACCCUUAAAAUGCGCAAGUAUUCUUGGAAUCAGGCUCAUAAUUUACUUUACAUCGACAAUCCUGUUGGUACUGGAUUCAGCUUUACUGACAAUGAUAAAGGAUAUGCCAUUAAUGAAACACAUGUGGGAAGGGAUGUUCAUACUAUGUUAGUACAAUUCUUUAAGUUAUUCCCUGAACUCCAGGGUAAUGACUUCUAUGUCACUGGUGAAUCUUAUGCUGGAAAAUAUGUACCUGCUGUAUCUCAUGCAAUCAAAGACUUUAACAUCAAGGCACAGACAAAAAUAAACUUAAAGGGUUUGGCAAUAGGAAAUGGUCUGACCGAUCCAGAGAAUCAAUUAUUGUAUGGAGAUUAUUUAUAUCAGUUGGGAUUGAUCGAUACAAAUGGAAGAGAUGUGUUUCAUAAAUAUGAAGAUAAAGGUCGAGAUUUGAUCCGACAAAAAAAAUAUGAAGAAGCCUUUGAACUAUUUGACACACUUCUGGAUGGUGAUUUAAUUGGUUAUCCUUCUUUAUUUAAAAAUCUAACUGGUUUUGAUUACUACUUCAACUAUUUACAUACCAAAGAUUCAGAUGAUGCUGACUACAUGUCAGAAUGGAUUCAAAGAGCAGAUGUGAGACGAGCUAUACAUGUUGGCAAUUGUACAUUUCAUGUUGAAGAUAAAACAGUAGAGAAACACUUACAAGGAGAUAUUAUGCAGUCACUGGCAAUUCUCAUAUCAGAUCUUACUCAACAUUACAGAGUUUUAAUAUACAAUGGCCAGCUUGAUAUUAUUGUGGCAUAUCCUCUAACAGAAAACUAUUUGCACAACUUAAAAUGGUCUGGGGCUGAAAAAUAUAAAACAGCCAAGAGGAAGAUGUGGUGGGUUGGAAAAGAGUUAGCUGGUUACUCAAAAACUGUUGAUAAUUUAACAGAAGUUUUGGUCAGAAAUGCUGGACACAUGGUUCCUUCAGAUCAGCCACUUUGGGCUCUCGAUCUUAUUACGCGUUUUACACACAAUAAACCAUUCUAAAUUAUUUUUGAAGUGUUUUGCUGAAAGUAUGUAAUAUCUCUGUAUAAUGGCUAUGUUCGUAUUGAAAGAGCUAUAAGGAUAUUUAAUUUUAAGGUAAAAGUAAUAUACAAUAAAACUCCAUAUAUCCGAACCGGCGACACCACAGUACUUAGUUACUUGAACACUUUGGUGAGCUUGUAUUAUCCAAACUCAGCUCACGCAACGUAUCGCUUAUGGGAAUUUGUGAACUUAAGUUAUAUGAACUAUCCAGUUGCUAGAACCUUUGACCCCCGACCAAUUCGGAUACACGGAGUUUAACUGUAUACACGCAAUAAGAAUGCGCAUACUAUACUUAAUUCUAUAAUAGAAGAACUAAUAAACAUUUAUUGAUAAUAAAAAGUGUAUAUAAGCAUCUUAUUAUUAUUGA